CCGUGACAGUUGCGUGGGGACACACGUUGUCAACAAAACUACCAGCAGGCACGGAUAACUAGGACCUUAUCAUCUUCCCCUUUACCCGUCGCCUUCGGCUUCGCGAUCCUUUUGUCUGUUUUCUUUAGUUUUCUCUUUUUGAGGUUCUCAUGGUCUGUACAAGUAUACUGUUAUCUAUAUACAGAUCAAAGACCCAAUCGAUUUGAAGAUCAGCUGCUUCGAAAUUCAGAUAAUUGUUUGUGCAGCUGAGAUUGAUACAGAAAACAUAUAUGGCUGCCUUUGCAACUGCCGAGGCCUGCGAUUCAAACACAGCGCUUUUGGCAAGCGGUGAACUGCGUGCUCUAGAACCGAUUUUCAAGAUAUACGGGCAACGUCGUUCAUUCUCAGGACCCAUUGUAACACUCAAGGUGUUUGAGGACAAUGUCCUGGUGAGGCAGCUUCUUGAAACCCGAGGUGAAGGAAGAGUUCUAGUCAUAGAUGGUGGGGGAAGCAAAAGGUGUGCUUUGGUCGGAGGAAACUUGGCGCAGUCGGCUCAAAACAUGGGUUGGUCUGGUAUUGUAGUGAAUGGGUGCAUUCGAGAUGUGGAUGAGAUUAAUGCAUGUGAUAUCGGCGUCCGAGCAUUGGGAUCUAAUCCCUUGAAAUCAAAUAAAAAGGCAAUUGGUGAAAAGCAUGCCCCGAUCAGCAUUGCCGGAACCUUAAUCCGUGAUGGCGAAUGGUUGUAUGCCGAUAGUGACGGCAUUCUUAUCUCGAAAAUGGAACUAUCUAUCUAAAGCAGUAGUCCUUACCUUUCCGAGCCAAUAAGGGGACCGAUUAAGUUCUCAGUAACCGGAUCGAUAUCAUCCCAAUUGUGAGUUCUUUAGUUGGAUAUUGAUUAUGAACAUGAUGAUAUUUCUUGUUUUUUAACAUUUUUCACUUUGGUACACAAUUAUAGUCAUAUUGUUGAA